AUGACGACGCUUGAUGAGGGGGAGAACAGGAGAGAUGGAAGCUCCCACUCCAACGAGGGGCUUAGUAGCAGUAGCCACAUGAGCAAAAACCGGCGUGUGGGAAAAAAUGGUGGCAAUGAUGGGGUGAGCGUUUUUCUUUUUUCCACACAUCACAUUCCACACGCCCUAAAGCCGUAUUUGUCUACCACGUCGGUGUCAACGAGGCUGGUGGAGCAGUGCCUCUGGAGUUAUCGGGACACCAUAUUUUUGGCGCGGGAAUAUGGUCACAAGACGGAUGCAGAGAGGACGCAGCUCCGUGUGCAUCUACUGCAGUUGCAACGAGAGAAGACAAAUGGAAGGAAAGACACCACCGAUAGGUCGGAAUCUGCCCCUUUUUUUGUGGAGGGUCAGUUGUGGGAUCUCAUGCUGCGUGAACCCGGAAAACACCCGAUUCUCCUCUCGGAGUCGCUACGCUAUCAACAGAUUCUGCAGGACAUGAAGCACCUGGCUCGAGGACUACUAGCUCCCAUUGAAAUCUUGCGACACCGCAAUUAUUGGCUGUUGCUGCAGGAAGAUGUGCAGCUGAAUUUGUCGGAUCGUCUCUUGCAUUAUCGUGUGGUGCUGCGACAGUCCCCGCCGGUGACAAUGGUGACGAGACUUUGGUGCGAUUUAUGGGCUCUACUCGGUGCGGCGUGGAGGCAGCGUGAGCGGCUGAUGGGGGUCUAUGCCGAAGGCAUUCCACCCACAGAUCUGAAUGGCGAUGCAUCGCAACUUCCGCCCUUUCCUUCCACUCCACCCUCGUUGCGUGACGCUUAUUGCGAGAGACAGCGGGGGCACGCCGGCAGGCACGCCAAAAAUGGGUCUUGCAGCGGGAGCCGUGUGACCGAUGACACACAAACGGCUUUUGAGGAGGAAGGAGACAACCUCGCUUUUGGACCUUUGCUCCCGCAUCGGGUGGGUAUCACGACGUUGCGUCACUACGCCAUCCGUGUUCCGUUGCUUUCUCUCUUGCGCUCCCUGCGUGUGUGGAAAGAAGAGGUUGCUGUCACGGCAUCGCGACGUGGGCCCAAUGGCACUGGGAGGAGCGGCGCCCUUCCUCGCGAUGGAUUUCCGGCAGCCAAGAACGAUAGUGUUAACAAUGACACCACGUCUAUUUAUUGCUUUGAGGACGCAGAGUCUCUGAAUGCACCGUUCUUUGACAAUACAGUAGAAGAUCUGGAGGCGUGUCAGGUGCCGUACAUCUCACCAGAGUGGUUUGUCCGUCUGCGUUUGCGGGACAAAGACGUCUCCCACGAAUGGGAUGUCUCCGCCGUUCUUCAUUCCUACUCGGACGACGCAUGGAAUAUUGCCGUGCUGACACUGGAGUUUAUGCUGACCGGAUUCCCACUUGCUGAAAGUUGCUGCGGCCACCCAGACUGUUCGGCUCCGCCGACCUCGUCAUGCUUUGAUGACGUUAUGAAACUCUUAGUGAAGUUUCACGGCGUACCUCUUGAGGCGGCACAGAAUUUUCUUUACGCGGCACUUCAUGAGUUGUCAUUGCUGCUUCGAAAAGAGUGCGAAUUGCCAAGGAUGGCAUCGGUGGAUGGGAAUCUCUUACAACCGGAGCCGUUACCGCAACGCCUGGCAGAAGAGUGGUACCUUUAUCUUUGCAGGACGUAUGGUGCUGGUGACGGUACGAAUAACGGUGAUGGUGGCUGUAGUAGUAGUAGUAAUGGUGGUAAUAGUAGUAUUCUCCGUGAAGUUGCGGAAGGUGGACUUUUAUGGUCCCGCCGUGAGCGAUGGAAGGCGUUUCAGGCGGCACAUGCUCUUUUUCUUUCAGAUGCUAUCGAUAACAGUUCUGCAGCUGGCGAAAACGGCGCUGGUGGCGGCGGCACCGCAGUGUUGGAUGCUGCUCAGCGUGUCCUGAGCAGCCUGUCAUGUCCUUUGAUACCACUUCAUCCCACUUUGUGCGCUGCGGCAACGAGAGGUGGCGUUGUGACGGAGUCCUUGAAGCUGCACAUGCAGCCGAUAAUGUCAUUACUGAAGCCCCUGUCUCCAUCCCUGUGGGAUUUGCAGAUGCAGCUGCGGGUUUGGCGGCACAGCGUGGAACGACAUGCUAUGGUGGAUGGAGGCUGUCGGAAGGAUGGCGAGGCGAGGCGGAAUGUUGUGUUCAGGGAGUUUGUUCACGUCGUGCGACGGAUACUACAGCAACAGCCCUGCGAGUCGAAUUUCACUGGGGACACAAUGGAAGAGGCCUCCCGAACUAUUCAUUCGCGUCUGAUUCCCUCCGGUGCCAAAACGUUCCCUGCAAAUGGGAGUAAAUUGUCGCACUCGGCAGCACAAAAUGGAUUGCUGCGAGGGCUGAUGGAACGUAGUGCUCUCUUUUCGUACUGCACCGAUGUUUUUUUCCUUCCUGAACACAAUAAUCCCGCUCAUGGCAUUGGUGAUGGUCAGGACGAUAACGACUCUAAAGGUGAUGAUGAUGAUAACCGGUUUUCACCGGUGUUUCCCUUUUCGCAGGUAUUCCUCCCCAUGGAGGAUCUUCUGGCGUUGUUGCACAAAGAUGUGGUGGCACUCAACGACUCCUCUCCUUCUGUCACCGUGGCCGUGAAUGCUCUUGACACUCUUGUUGGGGCGAAAUUACCAACAAGCCUUCGUUUGCCGUUGGCCUUAUCCUCUGCCGCGGCGGACGUGGGGUUGCUGAAGAGUUUCAAGAGGGUCAUUCGUGCAGUGGAUUUGAAUGUUGCGCAACAGCUGACCUUAAUCGCGGGGUUGCGACCUCUCCUGCACGUUGCACCAACUCCAAAACGAGCGAUGCUGGUACGACGUUACCUCACGGAUGUGCAGACGGUUGAGGGUAUUCCGUAUGUGCCGGUGCCGGCUACAAUUCGCGGGGAGGUGUGGGGCGCGCUUCUUCAGGUGCCACCGGAGGCCACACGUGUAGCCAUAUAUUACGCACUUAACACCUCCAGUGUCUCUGUUUUUGAUCGGCAGCUUUCAGUUGACAUUCCUCGAUGUCAUCAGUAUCAUCCUUUGUUAGUAACGGCGGAGGGGCAUGAACGAAUGCGACGUGUUAUUAAAGCCUGGCUGCUGAUGAACCCUGACCUUACAUAUUGGCAAGGAAUAGACAGUGUAUGCGCCGUUCUUCUCACUGUUAGCUUCACAAAUGAGGCUCUUGUUGCUGCGCAAAUGCAGAAACUUACGCAGCAUUAUAUCCCACAUGGCCCCGUUGAGUCAUCGAUUUCAGGUGCGAAGAGUAUGGAGGAUCAUCUGCAUCAGCUUGUCAUGAUGUUGCGUUACUGCGACCCGCGUUUGGCGGUGCAUCUUCUAGACGAGGUGGAGUGUCAUCCGGAAAUUUUUGCGAUUAGUUGGUUCCUCACCCUCUUUGCUCACAGUUUGCCGGUAGGAAAAGUGUGUUUGCUCUGGGACUUUCUUUUUUUGUACAACGAAGCAUACCCGCACUGCCUGACAGCGUUAUGCCUUGCGGUGCUGCUUCAACAGAGGGACAAGCUGCUUGGAAACGAUUUCUCUGUCUGCCUUUUGGCACUGAGCCGUCUGCAUGGCAUUGACGUGCACCUUGUGCUGCGCGACGCGGCGCUGAUUUUGCGCUCCGUGCCGUCCUCUGUGGCGUUGCUGUCGCACCACUUCAACGAUUGGGCGGGGGAGGUUCGGCACUGCGGGGUUUCGCAUGUGAAUGUUCAAACAAUUCUCCAGGCGUUCAACGACAGCUUGUGGCGGGCGGCAGAGGGAGCGGUGGGCGGGGGGUGGAUGCAGUCGGGACUGUUUCUCGUUGACCUCCGCACACACCGCGGGGCGGACGUGCUUCCACAACGCGCGACACGCGUGGAGGAACGUGUCGUGGGGGCACUGCUUUUUCCUCUUGCAGCGCUUCACGCACAUGAAGAUGAUGAUGAUGACACUGGCGCCAUGAAAUACUCACAGCGACUCGUUACCCAACAGGCCACGGAGCUUUUGCUGCAGCUUGACAACAUGGCAAUGGCAGCCCUUCCACCGCUAUCGAAAACAUCAUCAUCGUCAUCAGCAGCAGCAACGAGGUUGAAAACAAAAACGUUGCCAUCGCCACUUCCCGUGGGAGAAGAUUUGAAGGAUGGUCCCUCUACCGCUCUGCAGGAGUGUGCUAUGGCCCCCCAUGUUGUCUUGUUUACACGGUCAAUGGAACCUGUUGAGACGGCAGCGGCAGAAUCACUUGCGCUUGAGUUGGUGCGGUGUGGUACUCCCCAUGUGUCCAUUCUUUUUGGGGGUUUUGUAGAGCUUAAGAGGGAAGCAUCACAUCUUAUCGUUGAAUUCGAAGAGGAUUGA